UGCUUUGCAUAAUUUAUAAACAUCUGAUAUAUCUGAUAUUUGAUUGCAUUAAAAAAACUUCUUAAGUAAUUAACUUCCAAAGAAGUUCCCAUAAAAAUGUCUACAAAUCGCAACAAAUAUGAAAAAGCCCGACGUCGUCUUGCAGCUGUUACAUUUUUAUCAAAUAUAUCCCUCGAUGGUUCAUUUAAAGACACAGAACUUUGCCAGUUAUUAGAAAAAAGCUCCAAGGUUGACAAAUGCGAUGGUGGUCUGAAAAAUGGCGAUGUGUGUCAUAAUGUUGAGAGAGAUACAGUGUUACGAAAUAAUGUUCGGGGUCGUAAUAAAGCGCCACAAAGUCCGGUUAAUCGCAUGGGAGGUGAUAAUCAUUCUGUAAGUUCGGAUUCAGAGCAUGGGCACGUCACCCCUGUUAAAACUAGAAGCAGUCAUUCAUUCAGAGAGAGAUGCCAGUCUGGAAGUGCGGAACACAAAGAUAAGCAUUCAUCAAUCAGAAGCCGUAAAGCACAUCUUCCAUCUAACAUUACUCAGGAAGAAAAGAGCAGCACUGAAAGUCUUAACAUUGGAAGGUUUAGAACAAGCACAACAUGUAUACCUGAAAAUCACUAUUUUUCCAAAGAAGUGAGAAUAGUUCGUCCUACAAAAGGUGUUACGUUUAAAGAUGAGAGGCUUGCAAUUGCACCAAUGCAAGGUGUUCCCUGUGCUUUAUAUAGCACAAUACCAUAUUCUAAAACCAUACGAAGUGCAAGGGCGGAUAUAAGAAAAGAUGGUGUGCGUAGACGUAAUACGUCAGGACCUAGGCCAUUAUCAUCAAUAACUGACAAUGGAGUAGACCCAUUUGAUCUCCUAGGUCUGGAAAGAGAAGAGCAUGGUCAAGAUAUAUCUUAUUCAAAGUUACUAGUGCCAUCAAGAGUAUGUACACGAGACCAAUAUCGUAAAAUUUACGAUGGAGAUAUUGGGGAUAAAACAUCAUGGAAGAUACUAAAUCGUCACCCUCAUGUUAUAGCUAGGACUAAGUUAUUGACGAGGCACAAGGAUAGAAAAUGGUGCUUUUCCUAUGAAUCCUCGCAACGUACCACGAUUGCUUCGUCACCGCCGCACUCGUCCAUAGAAACUAAAACAUUUGAUUGGGACGAAGGAGCUAUAUUGUCACAAAAAUUCGUCCAAUAUUGUCCUAACGUGUUAGAUGAUCCCGAGCUAAUUGCUGGUAAACAUAGGACUUUAUUAACAUUCACCUCGUACAUGACAUCCAUUAUUGAUUAUGUAAGACCACAGGAUCUAAAGAAAGAGCUCAACGAUAAGUUUAGAGAGAAAUUCCCUCAUAUUAAAUUAACAUUAAGCAAACUUAGAAGUAUUAAAAAAGAAAUGCGAAAAAUUGCAAAACACGAUUGUGGUGGUAUAGAUUUGUUGUCUGUGGCCCAGGCGUAUGUGUACUUUGAAAAACUGAUUUUAGCCAAUUUGAUAAACAAAGACAACAGGAAAUUGUGCGCCGGAGCUUGUCUUUUGUUGUCUGCAAAAUUAAACGAUGUCAAAGGAGAAAUGUUAAAAGCUUUGAUAGAGCGUAUAGAGACAACAUUCCGUGUGAACCGCAAAGAUCUAAUGAAGUUUGAGUUCGCUGUGCUGGUGGCGCUGGAGUUCGGUCUGCACGUGCCGCCGCACGAGGUGUUCCCGCACUACCAGCGGCUGCUGCACGACUCGUGACACUGGCCCGCGCACGAGCCCCCGCGACUCUGUCCGCGUGUCUGUCCGCGCGUCACCCGCCGCCGCGCCACACUCGUAGACAACCUCAGGCACACCGCCUGGAUCUAGAUUUUAUGUUUCCCAACCACUAAACUGGCAAUGCGAUGCACAAAUAUCUCUCAUCCAAUAGAACAAUGACCUAGUUACGUUUAAGCAAUUUUUCUGGAGAGCCUUUUGAAAUUUUGUACUAGAGAAAGUUCCCAAUUCUUUUUAUUUUUUAUAAAUUUAUGUAUCUCUAUAAUUAAUAAAUUUUUCUCAUGGAUAUAAAUUCUGAAAUGUGCAUUUAUGAAAUUAAAAAGCUAUUUUCGUUUUUUUGGUACUUACGUCAUUGUUCUUUUAGAUGAGAAUCAUCGCGUUCAGUCGCUCAACUAGGAUAAAUGGUGAGUCCAAAAUAUAUUCAUCAAAGAUUAAUAAUAGUGUUGUAUUUAAAAUAUUCAAAAAGUAUUAAAAAAAAUUAUAUACUUUAAUUAUACUAAAAAUUUAAUUCUAGCAAUCCGCUACAACUUCACUAGAAUAGAUAGAUAAAUAUAAUAGUGCUGUUGCUUGCUGAUCUAUCACUGAAAACCUUUCCAUGGUUUUUGAGUUUACCCAAAACGUAAAGUUUAUCUUGACCAAUCUUCAAUAAUCUUUUUUUUCUUAACUUGAAGUAUUAAGCUUGAUUUUAAAUUAUUUCUAUAUUUUGUAUAAAAUUAUCUAUAAUCUCUAUGAAAAAAUCUUUACCAAAAAGUAAAUCUAACUAAGGUCGAAUAAUGUUUUAAACAAUGCAAUUAAUAUGCAAAAAAUUAAUUUCUAGAAGCUAUGCAUUUAAGGCGAUGAUUUCAAUCGCCAAUAAUUGUAAUGGUAACACCAUGACAAUUUUUUAUGACUUGGCCAAAGAUCUAGUUUAAGUAAAACAGGAAAAAGCCUAGAUUUAAAAUAUUCGAUUGAUAAGAUAUAAGAAAGUGCCUGAGUGAGGAAUUUACGUGAUGAGUAUAAAUAUACGUAAAUUAAAUGUAAUUUCAGAAAAUUAUGGAUUAGUUUAAAAAUGUUAUAAAUGUAAAUAAGAUAGGGGCCAAUUCUUGCCAAUAACAGUCCGAAAUAAUACGUAAAAUAGAGACAUAAAUCCUUUAUGAAUUUAUACCCCAAGAAAAUUAUAA